AUGGCCGUAUGGAUCGCAAACCGAAACGAUCCCAUAUUGGGCUAUGAUGGUGGCUAUUUAUCUCUGGACAAUGCUGGUACUAUGCAAAUAAUACGUCAAGGUGGUGAACCACUUAUCCUGUACUCGCCGUCUGAAGAUAUAAACAAAACAAAGGCCAUCUUGCUUGACACAGGCAACUUUGUUCUGCAAGAACUUGACCCAGAUCGAUCAGUGAAGAGUGUGUUGUGGCAAAGUUUUGAUUAUUCCACUGAUCUUCUUCUCCCAGGGAUGGAACUAGGCGUGGAUCACAGAACUGGGGAAACAAGCUCACUGGUUUCUUAUCUAACUAGUGACAUUCCAUCUUCUGGAGCAUCCACACUUGAAUGGGACCCCAAAAGAGGUGAACUGAUAAUCCAGAGAAGAGGACAGAUUUAUUGGGCAAGUGGGGUUUUAAGAAACCAAAGAUUUGAAUAUAUUCCAGAAGAAACUCAAGCCAUGAAUCGAUAUACCGUUGUUUCAAACGAAGACGAAGAGUACUUCAGUUACACAUUAUGGAGCCAACCAACUUAUAGGCAUGUGGGUGAAAUAUUUGAGAGCGAGACUGUUAACUUGAGAAAUGUAGACGCGUCUAAUUUCAGUUUUGUUGACGAGAAUGUCACGACAAGUGAUUGCAAGGCCAUUUGCUGGGAGAAUUGCAGCUGUGUUGGGUUCGCAAGUUUAUCAGAUGGUGGCACUGGAUGUGUUUUUUAUAAUGUACCGUCAUAUGUCAAAUUUCUUGACGCCAAUAAUAGUGGCGAUAGCUUUUUCUUGCUUGAAACCUCUCGAGAACACCGUAGAAAGUCUAUUCUAAACCGCGUCAUGUUGGGUGUGAAGCAUUUAAUCAGAAGGUGA